GGUUGCUGAUAUACCUCUGUUAUAAACCAUUUGGAAUUUCAGAGCCUCAUAUCUUGAACUUGCAAAGUGUAUUUCACAAAACUUUGUAUGUCAGAUUUCGUACUGUAUUUUUCAAUAGGUUUGUGGAAAAUCGCGUUGUUACUUUGACUUUCAACUGAAGGCUCUGUUCUCCAACAGCGCUAAUUACAGUGUACCACUUCGUACCCACAAUGCACAGCGACGCUAGUUAGCCUUAGCUGAACGGAGGAAGAGAAUUGAAAACAACAACAGCGUGAUCCAAGCUGAACAACGGGCAGGCUAACUGCAGGGGCUAGCUUUACAUGCCCAGCGACAGUUGAUAUCAAUUUAAAAAGCACAAUGUCUGUCUGACGUAUCUGUCUGGAUGAUACGACUGAUUUUACGGCGAAGUUUCGUGCGAGACGCCGAUUGUUUCAUUGAAUAAGGCGUUUCAGAACUUACCGACAUCUCUCUAUGUUUGAGUAUCUUCCGGCGGCGGCGGCAGCGGUGCCAUGAAUAGUGGACUCCCAGCGUCAGCUGCUCCGCUUGGGGGUGUCGGAAUACCUGGUGUCAAGGUGAAAUUCUGCCGCUACUAUGCGAAAGAUAAGACUUGUUUUUAUGGAGACGAGUGCCAGUUCCUGCACGAGGAUCCGUCCGUGGCAAACCUGGCUCUGCACGGCGGCGGAGGCAGUCCCGUUCCUUUAUCAAUUGCUGGAGGUGCUGUGACGGCAGCAGGGUAUCCACUCGGGGGAAACUCGGCGGCCUGUCCUAGCAGUGGUCCAGCUAAUGUUCCCAAAAAAAGUGACUCCCUUGGGCCUGCAGGAUCCCCUCUGGAUGGGCAACUGCUAACCAUCCCUGGGAUGGAGAGUGGAGCUCUCAGUGAUGCCAGUCUGACCAACUCCUAUUUCAGCAGUAGCUUUAUUGGGGUCAAUGGAUUUGGGAGCCCAGCAGAGUCUAAGUAUUCAAUGAUGCAGAGGAUAACCAGCAGCAGCAGUUCCCCAAGCCUCCUGAAUGACGGUGCCAAGAGUUUCAGCCACAGCGCUCAUGAUCCAGUGAAUUCCCCCACUUCCUCCCUGUUUAGCGACUUUGGUGCUUUGAGCAUAUCGCAGAGGAGGAAGGCUCCUAAUCCAGCAGCCACCGAGUUCAUCCCUAAAGGAGCUCCGCGCAUGGCCACCCUGUCCCAGGCGGCCGUGCAGACAUUUCCCUCGACCCUCUUGACCCACCCGAGCCUGGGCAGCUCAACCUCAGCAGCCCUUGCACCUGGUAUGUCACUGUCUGCAGGCUCAUCUCCUCUCCAUUCCCCCAAAAUCACCCCCCACACUUCCCCUGCUCCGCGGCGCCGCAGCCACACCCCUAACCCCAACAUGGCCAAUUACAUGGUGCCCACCACUGCGUCUGACCAAGGGGGUGGCGCCCACGUGAUCCAGAAGGAGACUGUGGGUGGGACCACCUACUUCUACACUGAUAACACCCCUGCUCCCAUGGCUGGAAUGGUGUUUCCCAAUUACCAUAUCUACCCGCAAACAGCACCUCAUGUGGCAUACAUGCAGCCCAAAGCCAAUGCUCCAUCCUUUUUUAUGGCCGAGGAGCUCCGACAGGAGUUGAUUAACAGGCAUUUGAUAACAAUGGCCCAGAUCGAUCAGAGUGAAAACCCAGGAGUUCCAUCCGAGGUAGACAGCUACCAUAGCCUCUUUCCCCUGGAGCCCCUCCCACCUCCCAACCGCCUACAGAAAAGCAGCAACUUCAGUUAUGUCACUUCCUGUUACAAGGCAGUCAACAGCAAAGAUGAUCUGCCUUACUGUCUCAGGAGGAUACAUGGCUUCAGGUUGGUAAACACCAAGUGCAUGAUGCUGGUGGACAUGUGGAAGAAGAUCCAGCACUCCAAUGCCGUCACCCUCCGAGAGGUCUUUACCACCAAGGCUUUUAGCGAUCACUCACUGGUGUUCUCAUACGACUUCCACGCCGGGGCAGAGACCCUGUACAGCAGGCACUUCAAUGACCCAACAGCCGACUCCUUCUUCACCAAGCGGAAGUGGGGCCAACACGAGCCACCCCCUCCUAGGCAGCAUGCGGGCCUGCUGCCCGAGUCUCUGAUCUGGGCCUACAUCGUGCAGCUGAGCUCAGCCCUACGGACCAUCCACACAGCCGGCUUAGCCUGCAGAGUCAUGGACCCCAGCAAGAUCCUCAUCACUGGAAAAACCCGGUUACGGGUGAACUGUGUGGGAGUGUAUGAUGUCUUAACCUUUGACAACAGUCAGACCAACCACUUGGCACUCAUGCCCCAGUACCAGCAAGCAGAUCUGAUCUCCCUGGGGAAGGUGGUGUUGGCCCUGGCUUGCAACUCUCUGGCUGGCAUUCAGAGAGAGAACUUGCAAAAAGCCAUGGAACUGGUGUCUAUCAAUUACUCAUCUGACCUUAAGAACCUCAUCCUGUACUUGCUGACCGAACAGAGUCGUCUGCGCAGUGUCAAUGACAUCAUGCCCAUGAUUGGCGCCAGGUUCUACACUCAACUGGAUGCCUCGCAGAUGAGAAAUGAUGUCAUUGAGGAAGAUCUGGCCAAGGAGGUGCAGAAUGGCCGCCUGUUCCGUCUGCUGGCCAAACUGGGAACCAUCAACGAGAGACCAGAAUUUCAGAAGGACCCCACAUGGUCCGAGACGGGGGAUCGCUACUUGCUCAAACUCUUCCGGGAUCACCUGUUCCACCAGGUCACUGAGGCUGGCAUGCCCUGGAUCGACUUGAGCCACAUUGUGUCUUGUCUCAACAAGCUGGACGCAGGUGUGCCGGAGAAAAUCAGUCUUGUGUCACGGGACGAGAAGAGUGUGCUGGUGGUGACCUACUCCGACCUGAAACGCUGCUUCGACAGCACCUUCCAGGAACUUCUGGCUGCCGCCAACAGCCCCCUGUAGCGCCCCCCCACAGGCAAGGGGUGGGACUGCCUGAACCGGAGCACAUUGCACUACAGUGACGGACGAUGGGCGCAGAACGAUGAUCUCACGGCCAGGGCGGAGCCAGCUGGUUAUUCACCUCCAGUCAGAUACACUGUCCUGUCCAGAAAGGAAGUUUUUUUUUCUAAAGCAUAUUUUUUUAGUUUUCAUAACCCCACAGCUAUGGAAUUAUGGACAUGUUGACAGCUGUGAUGAAUUUUUUUAGACUUGGGGAACAAAGAUAAUGAUGAAAAGAAAAAAUAUAGACACUUUCUUGCUUUUAUUUUUAUUUUCUUGGUUUUUAUUUUUUUCUGUGGAGGAUGCACUAAAAAUUUUAAGUUUUUCUUUUUUAAAAAAAGUGAACGUGUGUGGUUUCCACAGGGUGUACUGAGACCUCACACAAAAAGGGCGGGGACUAGACCGCCCAAAAAAAAAAACAAACCCCCCCCCCCCCCCACAUUUUGGGGGGGGGGGGGUGUGCUUUUCAACAGUCUCCUCCCCUUACAUCUGUUUAGGCACUGCGAGCCAGGACAGACCACUUGCCAUUACGUGCAGAACCCAGACCACUUUUUGCCCUCAUUCUCACAUUGAUGGAACAGACCACUGAGUUUCUCUGGGUGAGGGGUGGGCAAAUUGCUGUUGAGACUUGACCACUGAUCGACUGAGCGUGUGGCAUAUGGUGCUGUUUAUUCCCCACCCCCACCCCUGCAAGCAAGGCUUGCCCCAAAGGCUAGUGGGAUUGAGAGGAGGUUGCAUGGCUAAUUGGCUGGGUGCCAUGGCCAUGUUACUUUGGUGGCACUGACAAAUGGGUGAGCUCUCCCAUUGCUGUGUAAGACUUUAUUACUGCAGUUAUGCAACCUCCAAUUUUUUUUAGUUUUCAUGGAUGCUUUUGCAAUGUGACACGGAAAUCAAAAUUGGCAAGAAUGGAUUUUUUUUGUCUUUUAAUCAGGCUUUCUAGGUCUGGAAAGGAACCAAAGAACUGGACCAUGUUAGGAAGGGAACCAGUUCUGCCUCAUUGUGGAAUGUCCCCUCUCUCUGACCAUGCCCCCCUCCCCUCCAGCCCACUGGUGCAGACUUUAUGCCCAUAAUCUUGCUUUCACUCUUUCACGACCCAGCCUUCAGCCUGCCUCCAACCCCCUGGUCCAUGUAGUCCGUCAUUGUCUCUAGACUGUUGAUGUACUGGACUUGGUCAAUUAAUUAAGCUCUUAUGUCACUGUGGGUUUGCUGGUUCUCGUUCUUACUGAGCUGUUGUGCAGUGAUGCAUGAUAGGAUGUUAGAAACUCACUUUCACCUCACUGAAGUAAAAAAAUUCUGUGGACCAAUCCCAGCAGGAGUUCCUAGGAGGGAGGGCAGAAGGGGCAGGGCUAGUUGGGGUCGUGUUUGAUUUAGCCUUUGUUUCUUUGACCUACAGAUCAUGUGAUGGCAACGUGCUGGAAAAUACAGAGCAGACAGAACUCAACCUCUAACCCAGGUAAAGGUGGGGGCGGGGUGGUGGUGUGUGUUUGCACUUGGAGCAGUUUGGAAUUCUCUCAGGAUGACUCCCGAAUAAGCCAAUGAUUGAAUGUGUUUGACCUGUCAUUGGUGACCCUUUCCAAUCAAUGAGUUGAGCUGCAGGGGAACGGGUGGGAUGAGUUGCAGGUUUGACAGAGCCACACUGGACAGAGAGGGGGUCAGGGUGGAGCCUGUUAUACUGAACUAUAGUGAGGAUGCUGUGGUAGAAUCGUGUACUCUUUGGUUUCUCCUGUUUUUAGUGGUAAAAACAGUCAGUGAACUUGGUGAAUCUGGUGCCAAGCCUCUCCCUUCCUCUGAAUACCCUUACAACGUUCCAGUGUACCCAGCCAAUUCAGCUGAUUUUCAUAUCAUGACCCCCGCACCCUAAAAAUCACACUCCUGUAAAACAAAAAGAAUUUUGCUUACCCACACACACACACCAACACAACACACUUAAACACACAUGCACAUACUCACAAUCUUAGUACGUUUUAUGCCCUUAUGUUCAUUGUCUCACAUUUUGCAAUAUUUGUGUGUACAACAGUAUUUUAAUAAAGAAUACAAAACAUUA